AUGUGUUCGGAUCUACAAGAGACGUCUUGCAUAAAUGAAGAAUGGGCUUCGCUUCUGAUGAGGCAUUCGCACAACUUCAACUGCCACAUCGAGAUCUUUGGCUUGGAGACAGAGAAUACGCCGAGUCAUGGAUCGACCGUUGACGAAAGCCAAUAUCUAGGGCGGACCGUCAGAUUGCCCGCGCAAAAUGGUCACCAACUUGGGAUCCUAGUCUCUCUCCUUGUGAUUUGCAUUCUCGAUGCACCCACCGGUGACAUCAGUGCCCCGACCCGUGGUCAACGUGAUCUAAGAGGCGGCAUCGCGGAUGCUACGGGAGUCAGAAAAUCUCCGGUCUUUGAUCCGACUUCAUCCGAUUAUCGCCGUCGAGUCAAGGCGCAGUAUUUGCGGUCAGCUGCUUCUCCCGAGUUCGCCGGUGUGUUGUUGGCAGCUUCAACGGACGACGCGAUGACGCGACGAUGGGGGACGAGUGGUCGACUCGACCAUUUUGCAACCUCGGAGCCGGCAACUUCUUGAGCUUCUUGCUACUUAAUUACAGUCUACGGAUAGACGGGCUAAACGGGUAGCCCAGUGGCCGCCACCACCGGCCGGGCGGUACAACGACGUAAGACGCAACGCAUCGCUAAUUUGGUCCCAGGUUUAAAUGAAGGCUAAACUGCCUUUCAGAGGAUUUGGGCUUGUGGCGAGAGUUUACGCCGUCUUGCUGUUCCUAACCGGCUUUCCUUCCCCCCCUAAACGGAGAAAGCGUAGCAAUGACUAGGAGGCCGUUACAGUUGGAUUCUUAGCUUGUCUUGCCUACAGGCUCGCAGACAGGCACAGCCAACCAUGACCGAGACGCC